AGCAAUGCUUGGUAUGUUGUUUAGCUCAGCCCAUUGCUGUCAUAACUUUAUUUAUUUACACUGGGAGUAGAAUACUUCAUUUUUCUAAACUAGAGGGAGUGGAGUUUAAUCCAAUACAAAGUUAUAGAAAAUAGAGACGGAGAGGGAAAAAAGAAGAGGAGGGGAGUUAGUGAGUAGAUUUUGGUUAGUGGGCGUCUCGUUCUUCCACCCAGCAGCAAACUUUACCACAACCCAGAGCUUGGAUACUGCAUGGUGACACGGCAUGCAUUGUGAGUCUGCACACAGCUGGAUUCUCCAAAGCCAGGAGCCACAUUGCUUCUCACAGCCACCCAGACUGCUGACCCCGGACAGCCCUCCUGAUUCAGAGCUCAGGACAGACACAGAGAGAAGAGCACAUCUUCCUAGCAGCUGGACCUGUGCGAGCCUGUGUGCUGCUCCUGAGUAAAGAUGGCUACUUCUCUAACUCUAUACUACCUGCUACAAUUCUGUGGUCAUUCCUGGAUCUUCACUAAUAUGACUGCACGACUUCUCUUCUUUGGAAAAGAUUCCUUUGCUGAUACAUUCUACACAAUCGGGCUAGUAAUGCAGGCCUGCCAGUUACUGUCUGCACUGGAGCUGAUACUCCCACUGCUGGGCAACCAACAACACCGAUUCUUGCCAAGUUUUUUACAGGUAACCGAAAGGCUUGUCAUCCUAUUUGUGGUCAUCACCAGCCAGGAGGAGGUGCAGAGUAAAUGUGUAGUCUGUGCUUUGUUCUUCCUAUGGAACAUGUGGGAUGUUGUAAGAUACUCAUACUACAUGCUAACAGCAGUGGGCAUGAACUAUCCUCCCGUUACAUGGCUUAAACACACAUGGUGGAUUCCAGUUUAUCCUUUAUCAGUACUGGCUGAAGUUUACACAAUUUAUGAAUCGCUUCCGUAUUUUGAAUCCCUUGGUACAUAUUCCUUCAAAGCGACACUGCCAGUUGUGGUAUCGGUCCACUUUCCAUACAUUUUAAAAGUAUACAUGAUCAUACUUACUGCAGGUAUGUUUUAUAUAUGCAAUCAUCUGUUUAUGGAAAGAAAAACAUAUCUCAGAGCAAAGAGCACAAAGCUAAAGGCAAAAUAAGAGUAGAGCCAUUGGCAAAGAAUAAAUCUUAUUGAAUUAACAAGCUUGCAACCAAUAUUGUUACAAAACCGACUUGGCUUUUACAAGAAAGUAAAAAGCACCUAAAUGCUGGUGGUUGAUAUCAGAAGUAUUUUGGACAAACGUCACAAUGAGGAGGUGCCUAGCAACAUCCACAUAUACUUUGUACCAAGUCACAGCAAGAAAGGGCUGAAAUCUUCCAGGAAAACACAUAGGACCAAUCCAUAAUGGUUAUUUGGAGAUAACAUAAUGGCAUUAAUAAAUGCAAGACAAUCGCAUGCCUCCCUACACUCUAUUAAAUGUAAAGCAAGCAAAAUGAGCCGUGCUGUAAAUUAGAAUGUGCUUAAGAAUUAAAAAAAAAAAAAAAAAAGUUAGUUUAUGUAUAUAUCAUGGUACUGAAUCACAAAAUUACAUGUGUUUAAAAAAAGUAACAUUUUGACCAUAAAAUGUCAUCCCUUGAUUGCCAUUGAAUCCAUUAUUUGUGUAUAUGGAGCAACAGAGACGUUAUUUGGAAGUAAGCAGAGAAUCUAUAAAAGAGGGGUUUUAGUGUAUUAUGUCUGUGGACCUACAAUGUCAUGUAUGUCCUUGAUAUGGAGGUCCAUUCACAGUUUGUGCUAAGACAAAUUAUGAACCUGGCUUUAUUUCAAGCGCCACUUGGACAUUAAAGUGGCAAGGGGAAAUUAACACUUUGUCUUCUGAGGGCACAGACCAUUCUUAUUGUUCAUUGCAUUGUUGUGUUUUAAGUCUACCACCUUUACAACAUGAUGUCAUAUUCCAUCUGGUGCUUUGAGUAAUACAAGUAAAAGGAGGGCAAGGAGUGACCUGUGUCUGCCUAAGGUGCAGACUGUUCACCCAUGGUCCACCAUAAGGACAAAGGUUAUAGGAAUUGAGAAAAAAAUUAAAUAAAACAAAACACAGUGGGCUUUAUAGUGAAGUGAAGUUGGGAAAAUAUAGAGAAGGGAAACUGGUAAAUAAAUAAAUAAAUAAAAAAGAUGAGGAUCAAAGAAAUGCGAGUAUUAAGCUGAAAAUGACUGCAAUAAUUAGGGAUGAGAGAACGAAAGAAGAAUUGUAGGAGAACCUGGGAGAUAGACAGGUUGGGAGUCAGGGACAUGAAGAUACCUUAGUACAACAACGUUGUAAAAAGAGGCACAGGGAGAAAGAUUGAAAGAAGGAAGAGCAAGGGAGAAGAUGUCAGGAGAAAACAAAAAAGACUGGCAAUUGAGAAACAAGCAACAAUAAAAACAUUUGCACUUAUGUCAACAGACAAAUUUGUAUGUUUAUGGAUGAUCCUUAUAUACCUACAGAGCCAUUACAAAAUGCACAUACAGAAAUAUUAAUUUUGAGCUGGCCCGAUUUGCUAUUUAUUUCAUAAAUAUUUAGUAUAUUUUCCCUUUUUCAAACAGCAUUGAAGGAAUAAAUUCUACAAUAGAAAGGGUAGGUAGGGUGCCUUAUUUUACUUUUUGUAACUUCUAUAUGUUUACUUUGUACUUUGCAAUUUUUGUACUUUU